UAUAUCUACAUAUAAACAAAGCAUUAAUUUUCUAAAUUUAUAAACAUAACCUAUAAACGUCAAACGUGAACGUCAAACUAACCUAACCUCAAUCUAAACUGAUAAUAAAAAAAGCAUAAAUUUCAUAAAAUUACACAUUUUAAGAACGAUUUGCUUCAAAAAUGGAAGAAACGGACAACUUAAAAGAUAUUAUGAAGUUAAUAACGGAUAUAAAAGUGCGAAGAGUGAAAACUUCGUAUGAUAUAGCUUUAAAGACCGAGAAAUUAAUUGAAAAUUACAUUGCUGUAGGAAAAUGGAAUACAGCGAGAGAUUUAAUGGGAACGAUUCGAAAAUACAUGGAAACAAUCAAACAAUACCUUCCCCACGAAGCAACAAUAAAUAACGUAAUGAGACAUAUUUUAAAAAUAAUCAGGGAUGAGUACGAUUUAGGUUUCAAAAAUAAAGGUGACGAAUCCACUUUGUACGCUUUAUUAACAUCGAAUCCCGAUGAUCAAAGCUUGAAAUAUGGUCAAAAAAUGGAAAGUUUAAAAACGGCAUUAUUGGAUCAUUUAUCAGAAUACAAAACUGAACUUGAAACAAGCGCCGAUAACAUUGCAAGUCAAGCGGCGGAUCAUAUUCAUACAAACGAAAUUAUUUUAACAAUUGGACAAUCCGAUACGGUUACUAAAUUUUUAUUGCAAGCGGCUAAAACGAGGAAAUUUCAAGUUAUCGUUGUUGAAUCGGCUCCAAAUUAUGAUGGUCAUAACAUGGCUGUAAAUUUGGCGAAUCAUAACAUUCAAACAACUGUAAUUCCGGAUGCUUGUAUUUUUGCGAUGAUGUCUCGAGUUAAUAAAGUUAUAAUUGGAACACAUACAGUGAUGGCUGAUGGAAGUUUAAGAUCAGUUUGUGGAGUACACACCGUUACUUUGGCUGCACAACAUUAUUCAAUACCUGUAAUUUGUCUUGUACAUAUGUAUAAAUUAAGCACCAUUUAUGCCACAUCCCCAGAACACCCAACCUUUAACAUUUUAGGUUCACCUGGUGCUAUAUUACCAUAUUCAAGUGGACCAAUUUUAAAUAAAGUUCACGUUUAUAACCCAGUUUUUGAUCACGUCGAACCGGAAUUAAUCUCUUUAUUUGUUACACAUCAAGGAGGGAAUACUCCAUCCUAUGUUUAUCACAUGUUGUCCGAGCUUUAUCACCCAGAUGACUAUGAAUUAUAAAUUAAUUAUAAUUAAAACAAAUAGAAAUAAAAGGUUUUGGAAAAAUUCAAGAAUCUUCA